UGUAACCCAGGGAGACAGAAAGAAACAAGUUGGGUGAAACAAAAAAAAACAAAAAGUUUAGUGAAACAAAGGGUGGGGAGCCAAAAUUUUCGCGAACCGUUCUUUAAUUACUUCACGCAGAGCUGAAGCAUGCCCGCUAGCAGCAAGGGCCUGGAGCCGCGGAGUUUUGUGAUGAUAAAACCUUUGCCCUUGCCUCCGUCCAAAGGCUUGAAGGUGAAAGCCCGGAGCCUGACCGUCUACAGCCCCAGCGAGCCGAGCAGGCAGCAGGUUUUCCACGAGAAUUACCGCAGGAGGCAGGAUCAGCUGAGCCGGCAGGGUUACCGCUCGGUCUCCUGGAAACCCUACCAGGCAAUCGGCCAGCCCCUUUACCUGGAGCCGAGGCAACUCGUCCUGCAUUCAUUGGGGCAGCUCGACCAGAUCGUGAAUGAAGAGCCUGACAGUGCUGCAGAGGAGAAUGCAGAAGAAGCAAAAUGUACCAGCCCGCCAAAGAUGUCAAAGGAAAACAAGAUUUUCACUGCUAAGUUGCUGCAUCUAAAGUACAAGGAGAAAGACCUGAAGACCAUUCGUAAGAAUCUGUCCCAUACCAGGCAUUUGGUGAAGACAGCUAAACGAGGACAAGGUUUCUUCAAGCGGUUGAAGAGAGAGGAAGAGGAGAAACAAAAUGUAUUGCGGAUGGAGCAAAAGAAACUAAUAGAGACAUUCAGCCAAGAGUGGCAACCUCCCAAGUACUCCUCGGAUGAGGAAUCUGAGGAAGAACAACACGAAGUGAAAGGGAUUUUUGUAAUAGAUCCAAUCUUCUCACCACGGUCAAAUGCAAUAAAAGUUCACUCUCGAAGGACUUCCAGUAAAAGAAAGAUUCCAGAUGCACGACCUUACACACCAGUACAUUGUAGCCUUAUGUCAACCAGAUUGACGGAGAAAGACAUGGAGCUACUCUUUCGACAACUCUGUGCCUUGACCUGGCUACUUGAGGCUGUGACUGUAGAACCACUGAGCACAAUGGGCACUGUUACAACCUGCUGGAGUGCCAGAGAUCCAGGUGGAAUGAAAAAUACAGCCAGGAAAGUCAACAAAGAUAAGUCCAUAGAAACAAGGUGGGAACAGUUCGUAACACAGCCCAAGUUCAAAAAGCUUUCUCCUCGGAUUCUGCGCAGGACAUCGUUACGACCCAGAAGGACCUCUCUUGCAACUAUAUCACACGCCAGUGAUACAACCCCUGUCCUCGGCAGUGCCUCAUCGGUGAUCACUACUUCCGAUGACCUGGGAGUGGUGACUCCGGCUCCAAUGUUAGAGUCAGUUUCCGAGGCUGAGGACAACGACUCGACUGCAAGCAGCUCAAUCACCCAAAGCAAACAGGAGCAAGAAGAAGAGGAGCCGGUGACUCACUAUCUUCAAAAACUGCUCGACCUUGUGCACCAGAGCAUAAGCAAGGAGCUUCACGGUGAAGAGGCGAAUCCAGGCAAACGUGAGCAAAGUCCAACAGCAGCCCUGAAUAAUGAGAAAAGAAACAUUGUGACCAAUUCUGGUGCAGAACAAUGGACCAACCUCAAUAAACCACAGGAGAGGUCGAAAAGCCCACCUUUAGGCCUUGUUUCAGAAACCAGUCUGUUUGUUGCCAGCAAAUCCUCUCUCCCUCUGGAAAUGCAGUCAAAGUUCAUUGAGGUAAAUGAGGAAGCAGCUUUGUGUCUCCAUGACAACCUGGAAGCCUUGGAGAAGAAACGCUGGGAGACCAGCAAGUGCAAAUUCCGUGCCCUCGACAAUAUAGUCAGCUUUUAUACACUCAAUGAGGCUAUGCAGAGGUCACUUCAGGAAUCUAAAGGAGAUAACGUACAAAGGAAUACAGAGACCUGGUAUUCCAGCCUAUUAUGUCAAAUUCCCGAGACUGUUAAAGCAAACCAAAAGAUCGAUCGAAUACUGAAAAAGUUGAGAAAGUUUGGAGAACAGCAGAGUUUCAGAGUUCGGCCACAUCAGUUCCUCAAGGUGCUCAGUGGACUGCGCAACUGGGAGCUCUGUUCUCCAGACAUCAGUGCAGCUAUUGAGUUCAUGCGGGACAAGGUUGUUCAGAUGCCUGCAGCUGACUAUGACAGCUGGUUACAGCUAAAGUUGGAUUUACCAAAGAGGAUACAGAGUGCACCACCCCUAAGGUGAAAAUCACAAUGAAGGAGGAUGUGAAACAUUGUUGCAACGGUGAUGCCAUGGAACUUUGAGGAGUUUUAUCUUAAAGCCUUUUGUUUCAGUUUGUCUAUCGCUGUCUAUCCGUUGUUUUAAACUGAUUCAAGAGCUCUUCACAAAUGUUGCUCAAUUACGAAAGGCCUGACCCUCUUGCAGCAGGGACUAAACCAGCUCGCUAUGUGGGGAGCACAAUAAGUAAAUCCCAGAAUGUGUGCUUGUGGGCGAUCUUUGAACUGAGCAUCAGGGUUGGGGGGGGUUGGUGGAGUGGGGGUGCUGAAUGCCACCCCCCACCCUUGGUGCUCAGCUCCUCUCCCCCCUCUCCCCCCACCACCCUACUACUGGCCCCGUUCACCAGAGAUGCAUUGUAUCUGGGUGCAUCACAGCGUGCUAUGGCAGCUAUUCUUCCCAAGACCACGAGCGACUAUAGAGAGUCAUGAACACAGCCUAGUCCAUCAAACAAGCCAGCCUUCCAUCCACCGACUCCAACAUACUUCCCACUGUCUCAGGGAAGCAACCAAAAUAAUUAAAGACCCUCCCACUCCGGUUAUACUGUCUUCCAUCCUCUUCUAACGGGUAGAAGAUAUAAAAGUUUGAGCACACGUGCAAACAGAUUCAGGAACAGCUUCUUUCCUGCUGUUAUCAGACUGUUGAAUGGACCUCUCAAAUGUUAAUGUUGAUCUCUCUCUCUGCACCUUCUCUGCGACACUGUAUUCUGCAUUCUGUUGUGUUACCGUGAUGCACUUUGUAUGGUACGAUCUGCCUAUACAGCAUGCAAAGUGACACUUUUCGCUGUACCCCAGUACAUGUGACAACAAUAAAUCAAGCUCACACUCAAAACCAACACUCACCUGUGCUGGGGUCCCUGCUCUAUCCAAGGCCUUGGUGCAGUACCAGAAGCAGCCACCAGUUCUCUGGUGGUGCUGCUGAGCGCAGAAGAGCUGCUGGUUUCUCAUCGACUAGCAGCUGUCAGUGGGCGGUGCCUCUUCCCCUGGGUUCCUUGGCCACAGGCGUGGCUCGCCUGGUGAGAGCCUGAGUGGCACAAGAUGCAGGGGUUCUUCCCGAAGCGAAGCUUGUGGGGUCAGAGGAGCUCUCUAUGGCUCUUUAGUUGGUGGCCAAGUCUCCCACCUCCUGUGCAGAUUCUGCCCGCUGUGCUAAAACUAAGUAGUCAAUUUAAAAGCAUCUCCAGUCACUUCACCUGUCAAUCAACUGGUAUGAAUUUCCCUGUGAGCUAGUACAUGUUUCAAAUGUCUUGCAAUCAGGCCAUCAGUGUCCAAACAACUCAAUCCCACACCUGCUAAUUUUUCCUGUUUGCUAAUUCGACCUGUUUGAAUUAUUUCGAGGUUUGAUCAGUAACGCUAAAGUAUUCAUAAUCUGUUAGUUUCAGCAACUCAGGACAUGUAUAAAUUAACAGCAACAUGGAUUUGAACCUUCUGUCAAAGUCCCAAACUCCAUUGUACACAUCUGCAUGGCCCACGAAAUCACAAAGCGACACGCUUAUACCACCAUUACAUGAAGAAAUUGAGAGAUAUUGCCCACUUUCUAAGUGAAGGCAUGCAGUGUUCCUAUGCUAUAAUCAAACUGGAUAACACUGUGGGCAUCACCCUGAACACUCCUACUGGAAUCUCACCCUCACCUGUGGAAUUGAACAGCUAUCAACCCCUUUACUCACAAAAGGAUAGGAAAAUUAAUCUCAUGAAAAGAAAAAGGUUUUCCGUGAUUUAACGUUUUAGUUGGCAAAGCUGUCUUUCUCAUACAACCAAGUAAUUGGCCAAUGGGGUCUGAAAAUAUCCGUUAUGCCGAAUUUAAAUUUAUAAUGCCUGCUGCAUGCAUUUUCCUGCUUUAGUUGUUUGUGAAUCCUUAUAAAUUCUGCUAAUGAUUGUUGGCAGCAGAAAUACUAGAUACAAUUUAAAGUCAUCUGCCUUUCUCCCUGAAGUCAGAGGCUACAGCACAGAAAUAGUCCAUUCCAUCUACCUGCUCAUGAGGCCGCAGCACACUAAGAUGGUUCAUCAUUCUGUAGUGGAUAAUAAAAAUAAUUUUAGUAAGAUA